AUGAGUGCAAUAUACGGUGUUCAUGACCCAGAUGAGAAAUUAGAAAUGUUCGACACAAUGCUGUUUGACUGCAUGGAAAGACAUGUCCCUUUGAAGGGUACUAAGAUAAUCCGUCCUCUUACGUUAUGGCUAAAAUAUAAGAACAUACGCUUUUUUUCUGUUCUAGAAAGAUGCAUCUAUACAUUGGGCAGGACAUGCCCUUAGAAGAAAGUCUGAAGCUUCUUAAUGGCCAACGCGGUAUCAAAGAAGAUAAUUUUCUUCGCUUACUUAGUGUUAUAAGACAAUGGUCAAGGACCCCUCAGAAUGUUUUUUAUUCGCAAAUGAUUUCCGACCCUGUCACUUUUUCAAACUUAAGUUUACAUCUGCACCUUUAA